AAAAAAUGGGAUCUUGACACACAAAGCUAGGUGAAGAAACAGAGGUUGUAAUUGGCAAGGGAGGAGCUUGGAUGAGAAAUGGAGAGGAGCAGAGGAGGUAUGGAAGAGAAAUCGAGGUGCAGAGGAGAGUGGUGGAGCAGUGGAGGCAGUGACUGAGUGGGAUGAGACAUGAAAAGAGAACAGAAAGAAUAGUAUCCUUGGUGAGUAAUAGAGGUGAGACAAGAGUGUGGUUUAAAUAGAUUUGUUCAGCUGAAACCAGACUAUAUUGCAGCAGAAUCCAUCCCUGCCUUAACAAAAGUGAUAAUAAACUUUUACUCUGAACAUAAAAAUCAAGACCUAAAAAGAAUUUUUGAAUGAAUCUGUUUCAAGAAUUAUGGCUACCUUGAAUGUGGUUUAGGAGACAAAAAGGCAAGAGCUCAAACUUCUAAUUUAUCAAGCUCAGUGUUGAACAAAUUUACAAAGUUUGUUUCACCAGUGACUCAGAUGGUUUGUAUAACAUCCCGUUCUUUGAUUUCUCUUAAUUCAGACAAGAAACAUUUUGAAAGAUUAUUAUUUGGAUUGAGAACAUGCAAAAUUAUCAGAUUCACAAAAUUGCAGUUUAAACUAACAGAUUUUGCUCAUCUCUCUUUAAUCAAAGGCCCACAAAUAGAGCAUAUUUCUUUCCAUGAAUGCAAACUAACCAAUACAAAAUUCCAAUCCAAAGCAUGGAAAAACUUCAUCACCAAAAUCUGCCAUUCUCCCCUCCAAAAAUCCCUUAUAUGGAUCGGCCUCUACCAAAUCCCCAAAUUCCCCCUCAGAUCCUCCACAAUAAACUCCAUCGGAAUUUCCCAAGAUUAACCCCUCAAUCCCCUAAAAUCCACACACUUAAA